AUGACGGAGCCCAACAACGCAUGGACCAGCGCGACGCCGCUGUCCAACGCCGACUUCAAGGCGCUCCUCGCGACGCCGCGCCCCGACUGGCAGCGCGGCGGGGGCGCGGCCGCGACGCCACGCGCGACCCCCGGCGGCGGCGGCAAGAAGGAGCAGAAGCCGUUCAAGGCCCCCAAGCCGCGCCCCAAACCCCAGCAGCAGCAAGACGACGAUGAUGGCCCAAAAUACAGGGACCGUGCCAAGGAGCGCCGCGACGGCUCCAACGCUGACUAUGAGGAUGCAGAGGCUGAGCUGGCGGCGCGCGGCAUCCGGCCCGAGGCGCUGGGCGGCCUGUCCAUCGCCGACACCAAGUUUUUGGGGGGUGACAUGGCGCACACGCACCUGGUCAAAGGGCUGGAUUACGCGCUGCUGCAGCAGGAGCGCAUCAAGCAGCAGAAGCAGCAGCAGCACGACCCCGCCGCCGCCGCCGCCCCCGGGCGUGCCAAGGAGCAGCCGGCGUCGUUCGUGACCCCGCAGGGCCGCGCCCUCCACGCAGCCCUCUUCAGCCAGCCCACGGCGCGCCAGCGCGCCGCGGCCGUGCGGGAGAUGUUCCUGCCGCGGCGGCUCGCGUUCGUCUACGAUUUCGAGGGCACAGAGGAGGGCGGCGGCGGCGCGGGCAGCGAGCUGCCGACGACGCUUCGGCGGUCGCAGGCCGACUGCCCGCCGCCGCCGGACCUGCUGCCUGCCAGCGCGGACGGGGUGCUGCUGGGGCGUGUGGCGCGCGUGUGCGCGUACAUCAGCGCCCACCUGAUGGGGAAGGGGGGGCAGCGCAAGCCCAAGAAGAAGGAGCACGCUGACGCCAUCAAGGCGCUGCUGGCGGGGUCGACGCCUGAGGUGGGGGGUCGAGGGGGGGUGUGA